AUGUUGAUGGUAACUCUAAGAACAGAAAGAGACCAUGUGGCCAAUGAAUGUUUUACUAAAACUCCCAGUUAUUUUAACGAUUUAUCAAAUAGUGAAAAAGAAAUAUAUCGUCAUCUAACUCCAUAUGCUUUCAAUAAAGUUGUGAAAAAAUUCAGACUUAUAGCUAAUGUGCAGAUAAUAACAGUUGAUGAAAAUUCACGAACAGUUACCAUUCAAUCUAGUGAAGGGAUUUUAAAUACUUCUAAAUGGAAAUGUAGUUUCUCAUUUGCUACGAGUAUGAACUUACCUUGUCAUCACAUUUUCGAAGUACGACAAAUUUUUACAGUACCAUUGUACAACACAUCUUAG